AUGUAUGGUGAAGUUGGAAAACUAUUGUGUGAUGCUGAAAAAGUAGACACCGAUAAAGUGACUAAAGUUGUUGAAUGUCUUAACAAUUUCAAAAAUAAACGGUCGGCUGAUAUGAAAGCUCUCGAGGAAAAGGUGGAGAAGUCCUUUCAUAAAGAGUGUACCGGAAAGGCGGGCGAUAUGAGUCAGUUUAAAAAAGUUGAUCUGACCAAGCACGAUUUAAAACAAAUGUUGAUUAAAAUUUGCGACGAGGUUGAAAAGGCCACAAGCCACAGCGAGUGGGAGAAAUUAAACAAAUGCGCCUUGGACGUACUCAAGAAAUAA